UGCUUUUGUAUGCGUGUGAGCAGACAGGUGAGGUGAGAGGGCGCGCUAAGUGCGACAGAGAAGUCGUGAAGGCUCCGCAGGUAGAGCGAGACGCGAGGCCGUCGCCAGUCCGCGCCGAGCGACCCGCGCGCGCCUCCACAAACACAACCUCGUAUCUCAUCGAUUUCAUUACAAACGUGCUACUUUCAAACUUUCCAUCAAUUCUACUAUUAUCAAAUCAAAAAUUGCAACAGCAUAAUAGUGAUUUCCCAAACUAUAAGGCUAAAGAAUGAGCCAUCAGCCAUCAGUCAAUUCGUGAUCGUGAGAGUUAAUUGUGUGAAUUCUGAGGCACGCAGCCUACGCAGCCGGCGGCAAAGUUGCGCUCCCUCCGCCGCUCAUUGAAGACAGUGUACGAGAAGGGCUAAUGUUUGCACGAUAGCCGACGCAACUUGUCGUUUACGAUAUGGAUAAACAUCGAAGUGGCUCCAGCUGAUGACUAGUUGUGUCCACGGCUACAUCGACAAUGUCAAUCAACCAGAAUACAGGUCAACACAAGCCAAGACAACUAGGUAAACAGGGUCCGGAACAAGUCCACUUUCCGCCGCGCUACCAUCCGCCUCCACUGGCGGCCAGUGGCCCCAAACUUGCCACUGUUGACGCGGCCGCCAAAGAGUUCAAGACACCUUACGCUGUCAAAUCACUAGACGCUGCUAAACUACAAUAUCCGCUGCCACCUGGUGGGUUAACUGGUCCCUAUCCGGGAGGCCCUAUUCCAUACGGGAAAUAUCCACAAGCCUAUCCUGCCGGAUAUCCACUGCCACCUGGCACUAUCCGUGGGAUUCGCCCACCUGAAGAAAUAAUAACUAAAGCUAUAGUGCAUGAACCAGUGGAGCCGACAGUUCGAGCUAGAAGUGCGGACGACACGCAGCGGGCCCAACGAAAUCUAGAAGAGGAACAAAUUCACAGGCGAUCGGCAGAUAUGCUCAAAUUCACAAAACGUGUUGAUCCUGAUACCUCGCGCGCUUCUACUGAUCAAAGAAGACAAGUGCAAUCGCUUCUGGAUGAAAUAAAAAGCCUGAAAGAAGCUAAUCGUCGUCUGAGUGAUGAUAAUCAGGAAUUACGUGAUUUGUGUUGUUUCCUAGAUGACGAUCGUCAGAAAGGUCGCAAAUUAGCCCGUGAAUGGCAACGCUUUGGCAGAUAUACUGCAUCGGUGAUGCGUCAGGAAGUGUCUGCGUACCAGAGUAAAUUGAGGGAACUAGAUGAUAAGCAGCAAGAGUUGAUUCGUGAUAAUUUGGAGUUAAAGGAGUUGUGCCUGUAUUUAGACGAGGAGCGGGAGAGGAGCACGUGUGUGAACUGCGGGCGGGCGGCGGGCCGCGAGCGCGACGACGGCGACGGCAGCAGCAGCGGCACCAACGCCGAGGAGCAGCCGCGCCCUCCGCCGCCGCACCCCCCCGUCACUCAUCCGCAACUUGCCGAGCGAACAGUACAAUACGUGCGGGACCUAGAGCAGAAAGUACGCAGACUAGAAGCUGAAAAAGGAGUAAAUGGGGCAAUAAACGAGCGUCCAGAAGCAGUUGUUCGAGCUCUUCAAGUGCUGGAGGUGCGGGAAAGAGUGGAGCGAGAGAGGAGAAGACCAGCGCCUGACCUGGACAUGGGAGAGCAAGCAUUAGUGCGGGAGAUGUGCAACGUAGUGUGGGGAAAACUGGAGGACAACCCCCCGCAGGCUCCACCCCGCUAGGUGACCUCUUGUAACCUCAUUUGGUCCCAUUCGAUUAUGAAUGUGAAAAAAACGGAAUAGCCACAGAAAUCUGGGCCACAAAGAAUUUUCUCAAGACCUGCUAGAGAACGCAUCAACGUGACCUCGUUAGUGAACGUGAAUAACUGGCCACUAUGUUAACUUGCCAAGCAAACUAUGUUUUAUAGUGAUACAAAGGUUUUAAUAGAUUUACGAUAAAAUGCAAAAAGACUUGCCUUAGUAAUAGAUUUAAAAUAUUGUUCAAAUAAAAAUCAGCCACAAAGUACAAAAUUAGAAAGUAAAGAUAAUGAUAAGAACUCUACAUUGUCAGGUUCUAUAUUAUAUAUUU